AUCUAUUCGUCGAUUUUAUGACUUUUCCUUCCUUAACUCUCCCUCUCUCUAUUUUUGUUUGGUUUUCAAUUUUCAAUUUGGUUUGUAGAUGCUAGAUGAGCCGUUGCCUGAAGCGACUCACCAUUACUGCUGCUGUUAACAAAGCCCUUGAAUUUCGAUUCGGAUUCCAAUUUCCACCCCUUUUCCAACUGUUCAACCAAUCAGCGACCUUGAUUUUUUCUCUCCUCCGCCGUUCUCUCUCUAAAUCCAUAAACCUCAUGGACUCAUUUUUCUUCAACAACGACGACGAUGACCUUUUCUCAAACACUUUCGAUCAAUCAUUUUUGCCGCCUUCAUUUGCCGACCCCGGCGAAUCGCUCUACUUGGUCUCCUUCAGGUGGUGGAAGGAGGCGGCGUGCGGCGGCGCCGUGGCGGAUGAGACGACCGGAGUUUGCGGCGUUUUGUAUAAUGCGACUGUGCAAUUGAAUGGUCAUGCUCCUGACGAGAGCAUUGGGGGUUUUGGGGAUUCGGAGAUUUUGGUGGGUUUGAGGAGAGAAGAGGAGGUCGGCAUUAGUGGCGAAGAAGGCAACUAUAGCGGUGAGGGGGAUUUGGCGUUGGUGUCUGAGUGGAUGUUCUGUACUGCUCUUAAAUGGCAUUAUGAUAAGAAGGGUAUGGAAAAUUCAUUACCUGGCGAAGAUAGUGGACAUGACUUAUUCUCUUUGCAGAUCAGACUUAUGUAUGUGAGAGAAACAAGACAUUUGGUCAUAAAGAUUAGCAAAAAGGAUAAUGGACAUGGAGCUUUCAGCAAAGCAUACAGUAUUUUUACCAAGUUGGGCAUGUUGCAAGUAUGGGAUUUCUCAAGACAAACAAGCCAGUUUUUUCUCAAUGACAGCCUGUCAUCUGUGGAUUUGGCUCGACCACAGGGGGAGAUUCUCUUAGAGUUGCACAUUUAUGGCUUGCCUUGUAGCAUCAAUGAGAAGGAAAGCAGUGAUGAGAACGUGGUAGCGAAGCAGCCUAGAAUGAAUGGUCCUUGUUCGAGUUCUGAAUUUACAGUGAAUGGCAUUGUGGAUAAAGUGAACUUGUUUUCUAGAGUUCCUCUAUCUGAUGCAGCUUGUAGUGCCGUUAAUAGGACUGGUUCUUUGGGCUUGACUGGACUGUACAACCUUGGAAAUACUUGUUUUAUGAACAGUGCUGUCCAGUGCUUGGUUCAUACACCCAAGCUAGUUGAUUAUUUUCUUGGAAACUUCAGGAAAGAUCUGAAUUAUGAAAAUCCACUGGGCAUGAAUGGCAAGCUUGCUAUAGCAUUUGGGGACCUACUUAGAAAGUUGUGGGCUCCUGAGGCAACACCAGUAGCUCCAAAAAUGUUUAAGUCGACUAUCUCCAGUUUUGCUCCCCAAUUUAGUGGAUACAAUCAACAUGAUUCCCAAGAAUUUCUUUCUUUUUUGUUGGAUGGCCUCCACGAAGAUCUCAACCGCGUAAAAAGAAAACCCUAUGUACAGGCAAAAGAAGAAGAUGGUCGUCCUGAUGAAGAAGUGGCAGAUGAAUACUGGGAGAACCAUUUAUCGCGCAAUGAUUCGGUCAUAGUAGAUUUGUGUCAAGGUCAAUAUCGAUCAUCAUUGGUUUGCCCCAUUUGCAAAAAGUUGUCUGUUACAUUUGAUCCAUUUAUGUACCUGUCACUACCACUUCCUUCUUCAACAAUGCGAAAGAUGACUUUGACAGUCUUGAGCACUGAUGGGACUAAUUUGCCUCACCCAGUUACAGUAACAGUCCCUCACAAUGGCACUCGCAAAGAUCUUGUUGACGCCCUUGGUAUAGCUUGUUCAUUAAGAGAUGAUGAAACAUUGUUUAUUGCUGAGAUAUUCAACAAUUCAAUCCUUCAGGCCUUGGAUAGUCCCAGUGGUUCUAUAGAGCUAAUCAGAGACUAUGAUCAACUUGUUGCUUAUAGAUUGCCAAAAGGCAUGGAUGGCUGUCCUUUGGUCGAGUUUAUACAUCAACAGGAGGAGAAGUCAUAUCUACAUUCUUUACCGACUUUCAAGAAGUUUGGCAUUCCUCUUGUGGCAAGAAUUUCUGAUCUUUCAAAAGGAUCUGAGAUACAUAAAGAGUUUCUUAAGCUCAUCAGUCCCUUCUUACUUCCUCGUGAAGAGUUCUUAAUUGAUUUAGCUUCAAGGGAGAAUGCUCAAGAGGAUGAAGAAAUGGAGGAUACAAUUUCAGAUGAGGCUGAAAAUUCAAAAAAUGAAACUGAAAAUGAUUUGGAUUCUCAGAGCAACUUUGAAUUCUACAUGGAAAGCGGCCAUUACUCAAGACGCUUCAAGAUACAGAUGGAUGAACCAGUGCCUACUUCAAAACACGGUCCACCCAUUAAAGUGUGGGUUUCUUGGUCUGAGAAAAUGAUUCAAGAUUAUGAUACUUCAAUUCUAAGCCAGUUGCCAGAAGUGUGUAAGACUGCAUCUGUGUCAGAGACUCAAGAUUCUAUUUCACUUUAUAAAUGCGUUGAAGCCUUCUUGAAAGAGGAGCCUCUUGGACCAGAAGACAUGUGGUACUGUCCUAACUGCAAGGAGCACAGGCAGGCUAGCAAAAAGUUGGAUCUUUGGAGAUUACCAGAGAUCCUGGUCAUUCAUUUAAAAAGAUUUUCUUACACUAGAUUUUUGAAAAACAAGCUGGAAACUUUUGUGGAUUUCCCUGUUGAUAACUUUGAUCUCUCCAAUUACAUUCUUAAGAAAAAUAACAAGGACUGCCAUCGUUAUAUGUUAUAUGGGAUUAGCAAUCAUUAUGGUGGCAUGGGCGGCGGUCAUUAUACUGCAUUUGCUAAACAUAGGCUUGAUAGUUGGUAUGAAUUUGAUGACAGCCAUGUCUACCCUGUCACUGAGGAGCAGAUAAAGACUCAAGCUGCUUACGUCCUAUUCUACAAGAGAGUAUCUUGAUACUUUAAAAGCUGCUAAGCUACUGUCCCAACUGCAAGGGAGCUUUGGGCAGGCGAUCUUUUGAGAUAACCUGAUGUGUGGAAAUCUCUCUUUCAUUUGAAAAGAUUCAUACAGUAUUUUGAUUCAAACAAGCUGGAAUUUUUCUUGGACUUCCCUGAUGGUGAUUUUGAUCUGUGUAACGACAUAAUCUGAAGAUUGGUGUAUCCUGCUGUUGUUGGAUGUGUGCUUGUAUUCGUAAACUGCAUUCAUCAAAGUAAGUAUGAUUGAGGAACCUUUGCUUUUUUGGAUUAAUUCUAUUGCACUGCUUGACUCUCCAUUUGUUCUUGCAUUGGCUCAACAGGUGCUGUGAGUUUGAAUGCCAGAAUCAGUGUUGAAAGGUAAAAUGUCAAAAUGUAAGUAUGGGCUUUGAAACCACAUAUGACUACUUUUAGGAUAUGUUUUGUGUUACAGUAACACUGUUAUCAUUUACUAGGUAAGGCAUCCAUAGUCAUUUACUGAAGGAAAAGUUCCAGAAUAUACUUGUAAAUCGUUCUUGAUGAAUGCAUGUGUACAUACCAUUGUUGCC